UCCAACAUUCACGCAGAACUGAAUCACAGAAGCAUACGGACCCUCUUCUGUGUAUGCGAAGUACAAUUUCGUCUCAGCACUGAAUCACAGAAGCAUACGGACUAUCGUCAGUGUAUGCGAAGUACAAUUUCGUCUCAGCCAUGGGAACCAGUGGUCCAUCUCCUCAGAUCAAUUGGUUUCUCCUCCUAUGCGUUUACCUUUUCAUGUGGACGGCGUCCUUAGCUUUCCAAUCCGACGAGCUCCUCAUCGACGAUGAAGAGUUCGGGCUCGAGGGCGGCCGAUCUCCAGACCCGCCAGUAGCAACCCGACCAGUUUCAACUCCUCCAGCGUAUCGCAAGAGGUCGCUCGAUUCGGGUUCGGAUCCGGACUCUAGAAUUCAAUUCACCCUCGAACACGCUUUCGGGGAUUCCGAUUUCACACCCGCCGGAACAUUUUGGGCUCGCCUCAAAACGUCGUCGCACGGCGGUCAGACACUUACAAAGCUUCGAUUCUCGAGAAAUGUCUUCAGUGAGACAGAGAAGGAGAAUUUCAAGAGACUCGUGGAAGGAGACGACUUCUAUAAAAUAAGACUGCCUUCCAAUGUUUUAAGUGCACCUGGAAGAGAGUAUAUAGUCUCAUCUGUGAAGGCGAGAUGUCUCUCACCACAGGAAGCAUUGGACGAGCAUUUUGUUUUUCACAUGCCCACAAAGUGGACUUUCAAGUCACAUACGGUGUUGAAGAGCAGUGAUCAGGCUCCUAGAACACCGAUCUUCACAGAAGAAGCUAUUGGCGAAAACAUAGAAGGCGAAGAACCUAAGCCGCCAGAGAGGUCCUUUUGGGCUAAAUAUUGGAUGUACUUGAUCCCUCUCGGCCUCAUUGUCAUGAAUGCCAUGACUCAGGCCAUGAACAUGCCCGAGGAACAGGGUAAUGGGCAACCAGGCACACAAACACCGCAAGCAAUUGCUGGUCGUGGUCAGGGUGCUGCUGUGAGAAGAAGAUGAUCGAAUUUUACAGAUGUUUGGAAUCAUUUCUUUCGGUGUGCGAUUAUUUGAUAUUACGAUUAUUCGGUUCUAGACUGGAAACAUUUCUUUCCACCCUGAAACAGUUUAUGCACCUUCCACUGGGUGGACCUUCAUAGGGGAUUGUAUUAGAAAUAUGGACCACCGUUGAUCCGUCUGUUACCUCGAAUCUUGGACUUUCCUAUAUUUUCCAUUUCUUUAACUGACCGGUUUUCAGCACGAUUAUCAUUAAUUAGAAUAAUGUGAUUGUGUCUCACUUGUGCAAGAAAGUUUAGUUACAUCUGUUCGGAUCAAAUAUGGUCCUGUUGAUGUGUUGUUUGGUAGCUUGGAUAAUGUUUGCACUGUCUUUUCUGAAAUUAACUUAUGAAGAGUACCUUGUAUCAUAGUUUGAUAUGAAGCAACUAGACGACAUGGUUUAUUCAUAAAUGAUGAUUGCCACAUGUUUGAAAAUAAUUCUUUUGAUAUAUGUGAAUAUACCUGUAAGGCGAGUCAAAUCGCAAUCAAAUCAAUGUUACUUGAUAUUGA